CUUCUUUCUUACUACUGAGUUACCAGGAGGAUGAAUCAGCAGGAUGGAGAGCAAAGCAAUCUGGCUCAUUCCCUGUUUGAAACUUUUCUCCAUGCCAACCAGAGCAAAGAGGUGCUGUGCAGCUUUGAGGCUCUGUGCAAGCAUCUGGGCCUGGAGCGUACUGGCAGGCUCCAGUUCUACCACAAGCUCAAGUCUUGCCUCAACUACUGGAAUGCCAAAGCUCUGUGGGUCAAGCUGGAUAAGAAAGCCAGUCACAGAAACUAUGAUCAGGGGAAGGCAUGUGCCAACACCAAGUGCCUGAUAAUUGGGGCAGGCCCCUGUGGUCUCCGCACAGCCAUUGAGUUGGCCUUCCUUGGAGCCCAUGUGGUGAUAGUAGAGAAGAGAGAAGCCUUUUCUCGGAACAAUGUGCUGCACCUCUGGCCUUUCACCAUCCAUGACUUGCGGGCGCUGGGGGCCAAAAAAUUCUAUGGUCAGUUCUGCACAGGCUCCUUGGAUCACAUCAGUAUUCGUCAACUGCAGCUGAUCUUGCUGAAAGUAGCCUUAAUCUUGGGUGUGCAGAUUCAUAACAAAGUGCAGUUUAAGGGACUCAUUCCACCGGGAGUAAUGUCAGAUGGACAGGUUGAUGGCUGGAGGGCUGUGCUGCAUCCCUGCUUCUCCCCUCUGAGCCAGUAUAAAUUUGAUGUCCUCAUCUCUGCAGGUGGAGGCAGAUUUGUGCCAGAAGGCUUUAAGCGGAAAGAGACGCGUGGGAAACUGGCCAUUGGCAUUACUACCAACUUUGUUAAUCAUCACAGCAGGGCUGAGGUGGAAGUGGCUGAGAUCAGUGGAGUGGCUCGCAUCUACAACCAGCAAUUCUUCCAAAACCUCUAUAAUAAAACAGGUAUUGACUUGGAAAACAUUGUCUAUUAUAAAGAUGACACUCACUACUUUGUCAUGACAGCCAAGAAGCAGAGCCUGCUGAAGAAAGGAGUCAUCUUAAAUGACAUGGUGGACAUAGAGAGCCUGCUGUCUCCAGACAAUGUGAAUCAGGAAGCUCUUCUAGCAUAUGCCAAGGAAGCUGCCAACUUUUCCACUAAUUACCAGCUGCCCGACUUGCAGUUUGCACUGAACCAUCACAGCCAGCCAGAUGUUGACAUGUUUGACUUCACCUGCAUGAGCCGCUCAGAGAAUGCAGCACUAGUACGUGACUGCAAUGGUACCAAGCUGCUCAUUGGGCUGGUGGGGGACUGCUUGGUGGAGCCAUUCUGGCCAUUGGGUACUGGUGUGGGCAGAGGGUUUCUGGCAGCCUUUGAUGCUGCCUGGAUGGUAAAGAGAUGGGCUUCAGGGACACCACCUCUGGAUGUGCUGGCUGAGAGAGAAAGUGUGUACCAGCGGCUGUCACAAACUUCCCCAGACAGCACCAACAAGAACAUCAGCCAGUACAGCAUUGACCCCACCACGCGAUACCCAAACAUCAGCCUUCAAGCCAUCAAAGUUUCUCAGGUUCGCCAUCUGUAUGUGACAGGAGCAAGUGAAGAGGACCAGAAGAAGAGGAGUAGUUGGGCUAGUCCAGAGGCAGUCUGCACAGACUCUAACAGAGCCUAUGAGGAACUCCUUAGCUGGUGUCAAACAAACACAGCGAAUUACCCUAACAUCAAGGUAGUGGACUUCACACACUCAUGGAAGAGUGGCCUAGCCCUCUGUGCCCUCAUUCAUCACUUUCGACCUGAUCUUCUAGACUUUGACUCACUUGUCCAGAAUGAUCCCAUUGGGAACAACCAGAUAGCCCUAGAUGUAGCAGAGCAAGAGCUUGGGAUCCCGCCAGUCCUCUCCAGCACUGAAAUGGCUUCAAUGUCUGAGCCUGUCCGACUUGGCUUGGUCACAUACUUAAGCCAGUUUUACGAUGCCUUCAAGACCUCUCAAGAAGUGGAGGAGGAAGCUUUAAAGCCUCUGUCUCCACGUGGCACCAAGGGAGCUAUCCUCUUCCUCAGCAAGCUCCAGAAAAGUCUCUCUCUCUCACGUAAACGAAACCUGGAUAGCAACAUGGUGGAGUCACAAAGCAAGAAGACAAAGCAAGAAGCUGGGAGUCCCCCACUUUCUCCAGGGAGAAGCAGUGAUGCCUGUUACUUCUGUGGUGAACACGUGUAUAUUGUAGAGCGAGUCAGUGCUGAGGGGCGUUUCUUCCAUCGUGGUUGUUUCAAGUGCCACCACUGUAGAACAACACUGCGAUUAGGUGACUAUGUCUUCAAUGAGGAUGAUGGUAAUUUCUAUUGCAUGCUGCACUGUGCUGUCCCCACAAGUAUGGCUGUACCUGAAAGAAGAGUCACCAUGAAAGCAGCAUGCAAAGAUUCCACUGAGCUCUAUGUUCCUUCAGACAUGGUCAUUAUGAACUUGGCUGCUGAGACCAGAAUAAAAACCGAUGCGUUUCAUCAAAGCCUGGAUGAGACACUCUCUUCCUUCAUGGAUCAUGUGCCAGCAGAGCAAUCUUCAGAACUUCAAAUAUUAUCCCAGAAAGAUGCCAGCCUGUUCCUGUCCAGAGAAAAUGGAGGUGCCAGUGGCACCAACUCAUCACAGCUUCCACUUCACCAACAUUCUGUUGUGAGGGAUAAUGAGUUGGGAAGUCCUGUUUCUGAAGCCCACUUAAUUUCACAGUUUGUGGAUAAAAACACAGAGGAUGGCAAGGCCCACCCUAAGAAUCUGGGACACAGCCUAAGAAACUGGACUUACAACCUAUCCAAGGAAGAGGCACUUGGGAGCCUAGAGACAGGAAUGCAGGGAGCUCAAGUAAAGUCUGCACAUCCCAGAGAUGACCCCAAACUACAAAAGGAAGGAAGUGAAGAUUACCAGAGGAGAAGGCGGAUUUGCCUGUCUAAUCAUGAAAAACUUGAAUUAUCCAGACUGAGUCCGAUUUCAGCCUCAUUUAAUUUUCCAGAUGCAAACCAGAUUUGCACAGAGGACUCCAACUUCAGCAAGGACUCAGAUUCUUUGGAGACUGCAAGUGACAGUGAAGAAGAGCAAGUGGAAGACGAAGAGGAAGAGAGCCAAGAUCUUUGUGCAAAAACAUGUUCCUUGAGUAUGAUUGAAGAAGAAAAACACCCAACCUGGAAAAAGACAUUGAUGCGACGAGCCAAAGAGGCUGAGAUGAAAAGAUUUUGCAAAGCCCAGUCAAUCCAGAGGCGACUGGAAGAGAUUGAAGUGACUUUCCGAGAACUGGAAAAACAGGGAAUAAAACUGGAGCGAUCCCUUCGUGAAGAAGGCGGAACAGAGUCUGAACUGAAGAAGUUAUGGUUGAACCAGUUGCUUUCCCUUGUCCAAAAAAAGAACAGCCUGAUGUCUGAGGAGUCCGAUCUCAUGAUUGCGGUACAGGAACUGAAGCUAGAGGAACAGCAGAGUCAGCUGGAUCAAGAACUUCGUCAGUACUACAACAUGGAAGAGUCAUUGAAAACCCCAGAGGACCAGUUGGCAGAAAAAAAGAUCCUGUCCCAGUUGCUGGAGGUUGUGAAUCAGCGGAGCGCUUUGAUCGAGAUGCAGGAGAAUAAACGCCUCAGCGAGCUGAGUGAGCAAGUUCCAAAGAUGUAGCACAUUUGGAAGGUUUGAGAGCUACUGGAGCUGAAGUCUGCCAACCCUGCAGGCCUUAGUCCACAUUGGAAUGGGGAAGUGAAUGGCACUUGAGCAAGAUCUUCUGAAGACAGCCCAGUGAUAUCUUCCUCAGGGGUAUGUGACUCCAAGUGGAGGUGACAACCAUGUGCUAGAUUUAGAACAUAGCACUUUCUAACAGUUCAGCAGUUACAUUCAAUAACCACAGCCCAGAUCACCUCAGGAGGGUAUUGCUUGGAGAAGGGCCCGAGAACCACAGUUGGAACUUUAGCAGGUAAUCCCCCCUCUCCCGCUGCUGCCAUGAGUUAGUGCUUGGUAGCUGCCUCCCAGAACAGAACAAACCUAGCCAGGACCCUCCCCCAGCUGCCCAUGAUAAUUACUGCUGUUUCAGGUAUUUUCUGCCAACAAGAGGUAUUUAAUAUAGCUUUAUUUUUAAGGCUGUGUAAUGAAGCAUUUGGAGGAUGCAACAUACCCAGUAACAGUAUAUGCUCUUGGCAAAGGGUAGCGAAGACCUUUUGAUGCAAGAGCUCUGUAAGUCUCCCAAAUGUGCUGCCUUGCCUUUGUUUAAAUCUCUGCCAAAUGAGACAAGAGGAAUAGUCCUUCUGCCCCAAUUUGAAAAGGGGAAGUCUUGCUUUGUGCAAGGGCUGCAGCUUGCUCCUAUGUAUCCCAGCUGAGUGGGGGAUGGGGAGGUUACCAUUUAUAGCUUUAAAAUUACAACUUAAUUUUUUAAGUUGCAGCUUAAAAAAAAUUAAAGAAAACAUAAUAGCAAGCACUGCUGCUAUGGAAGGGAUUAGCUAGGGCAGCAUUAGGUCAUGCAGUGAAGACAGGCCCCUGCCCCCAGAGCUGUUAAUCCACAUAGAUUCUGCAACUCUGUGAGUCAACUUUCCAGGGGUCAAGAGGGGAAUGUGGAAAUUAUCCACGUACUCCAAAAUUAAAAACAAAAACCACACACACAGGAGAGGGCAUAGGGUUAAGAAUGGCCACAGAUAAUACAUUGGAUCCAGUAGUCCAUCAGUUGAAGGUGCUGGGCAUCAUUCUCAUGUUCCCCUCUUGCCCGUGGUAAGCUGAUUCCCAGAGUGGCAGGCCCUGUGCAGAUCAGGGGACUGGACUGAGACAGGGGAAAACCAUCAUCCUGCCUCUUGCAUUAAUACAGCUGAUAUUUGAGGGAGGAGUGGGCAAUUCACUCCUUUCCCCCUCCAAUGCAGCCCGCCCCCCUUAUUAGUCUUACAACACCAGCAAUCAACUGCAGAGAGGAACACAGGAGAGAUCCAUGAUCCUAGCACCCAUGGAUUGCAGGAAUGAACCAAAUACCUGGUUUGAGCCUCUGUUCUUCUCCAAAGUGUAAUUGCAAUGGAUGCAGUAAUUCUGCAGGACAGCAUGGGACAGUGUAAGUGUUCUGAAUUACUCCAGCAACAGAAGUGCAGCCUCAAGAGAAGAUUUAUAAACUGAGCACAACGUAUGUGCAUUUGCUACCCAUUGACAAAUCCCACAAAAAGACAUUAAGAAAACUACUGUGACUGUGUUACACAAUGAAUUAGACUUUUCUAUGGUUUUAAAAAUGUAUUUUCAUUAUAAUCAGAAAACUGCAGUGUCUGGGUUAGGGUUAAACACUCUUCUUUUACAAGCUGUUCCCCAAAUUCAAUAAAAAAUGCAUGCA